AUGCGGCUUCGGCUUCUCAUCCAGCGACAUGCCCUUCCGCCUGUCCCAAUCAUAUUCACCACAGGCACAGGCCCGGCCUCGCGCACCAAGUCCCCCUCCGCUACGGUUGCCGACCUCCUCCUAGACGUCAAUGAAAUUGUUCCUCUCGAGUCUGCCGAUGGCGAAUGGGGUCUAGAAGACUAUGCCGUGGAGAUUGCAGCCAAGGCUGGCCAAGAACUUGCAUAUGAAUGCUUGCAUUUCCAGACUAUCGAAUCGGUCUUGAGAGAGAACGACGAGGUCAUUGUACGGGCCCUGAGCAAUGAGGACAUCAGAGUGAGGAGGCUUGGCAAACGGCACCAAAUCACAGCAGAUGGGAGGCAUCUCUUUGAUGGUGUGCCUUUUGGGAAGCAGUGGUUGAGGGAGAUCCAACGGCCCGAUAUACUCAUCCCACCAAGGAAGCGGAGGAGGCUGCUCGCAGGAGAGGACAGUACCCUGGAUGCCGAGGUGGAUCUCAGGCGCAUUCUACCUGCGGGACAUGAGGACGAAGACCAUCCUGGCGCACUGGUGCAAUUUAUGGACGACGAUGAAGACGAAGAUGAGGAGGAUGACGACGAUUAUGUGGAUAGUGAGGAGGCCGGAGCUCAGGAGCCUCGGAGACGGAUCACCGUCCGCGAAGAGUUUGACGAUGCCGACGUCGAUUCGGAGGACGAGCCUGAGUUAGACGGCGAAGCAGAGGUCGGGGAUCUAUCCUCGGAAGUCGCGCAGCUUCUCCAGGAUGCGGCUGAGGUGGAGCGAGCCUCCCACCUCGCUAUUGCAAACCAGGUCCUCGAGAACCAGCUAAAGAGGAAACGGCCUCUCGAAGAUGAUGGCGAGCACGAGCUGGAAAAAGAGACAUUCGAAGGUUUCUCUACUGGCGGUGCCAGUUCCUCACGACUGGUCUUCGGGACGGCUGAUGUUCAGACAAAUGGUGUCUCGGACGAAAAGUCAGAUCAAGACGAUGGUUCAGACAGCAUCCUCGAUGAGAUCAGUGCUGAGCAGCAGGGAAGGCGCAUGAAGAAUAUCCCCGAAGACGAAGAAGAUGAUUCUGACGAUUCAGAUGCAACGUCUGCCACGGACACCUCCUCGUCGGACUCUGAUGCUGACAGCCCAAUGGACGAAAUUGCCAUGCAGCAAGCGAAGCGUCGAGCGUUGAACCUCAUUACAAGCUCCGAAACUGGCGUUGAUGAGGACGAAACCUCCAGUUCAGGUUCUGAUACCCAUGGCGACGACGAGGUCAGUGACACGACAUCGAACUCUGGUUCUGACUCUGAUUCGGAUGACACUAGUGAAUCAGGAUCAGUCUCUUCUUCCGAAUCCCAGUUAGACUCUGAAGAAGAGUCUCUCGAGACGAACCGAAAAGAAGUGAAGGUGCCAGAGCUCCCGGCAACCACUGCCACUUCAGGCGGCAUACCGUUUGAAGGAACGCGCAGAACCCAUAUGAACAACAAUCGGGCAAAACGUAGGAACAGGCUGAAUGCCCUGAAGCAGCAAGGCUUGCUCCCUCCUCAUGCGGACUUCAAGGCCCUAGCGGAAUACGAUUCAAAAUUGGCGCGGGAAGAACUCGAAGGCCAGCAGCAAGAACAGCAACGAGCUAUCGUGACCAAUGAGACAGACGUGGUGGUAAACGAGGACGCUUCACUGGUGAACAGAGACGACGAGAUGAGCACUGAUGAAGCAGUAGCUGAGCACAACAAGGAAAACGUGAAUCCUCGAAUCAGUGAGGGGGCAGCUCCUAGGGAUGAUAUACCGGCAGAGCGAGUGUCUGCAGUACCUGAACUUCCCGAGACAUUGCAAGUCGAUUUGCCGUCGAUCAUGGAGCAAGCCCCGAGGCGAUCUAGGCUCGACGUAGCUAGUAGUCGUCGCCUGAUCCUAGGUUCUCUUGGAGUGAGAGCACCCAGGACCGCUGAAGAACGACAAAAGGCGAUAGAGAAAUUGUCACAGGGCAUUCGGCAACCCAGGCAACCGGAGGAGGAAGACAUUAGGACUGUGUCGCAAACUCUUCAGUCUACUACCUCGGCGGAACAUGAUGAUUCAUGGAUGGAGAAAUUGAUCAUUUCAGCAGUUGAAUGUGAGGAGCCUGGUGGUGUAUUGCCUCCGCCGCCGUUCCCCUUCCAGCAAGGCUGGGCGAGAUCAAACAAGAACAAGAGGAAAAUGCGUGACCAGAGUCAGUAUUAUCAAGGCAGAAAUGGUCAUCGUCAGCAGGAAGACGAACAAGUUGCGGCACCAGAUGUGGCAACGCUGAACUACGAUGAUGACCCAGUUGAGAAAGGGGCUACCGAAGCUUCAGUAAUGGUGAACCGGGAUGCGAACGAAUUGCCGACAGAGAAAGAACUUGAUAGUCUCCCUGCGCUCGAGCAGGAACAGGUCCUCCCUGGCGCGACGAUUGCGUACCAAGAAUUGCAUGUUGAUGCCUCGACGAACUAUCAGCCUGCAGUGUCUCCUUAUCGAAUUGGACGAGUAUCGCAUGUAGACGGAGACGGUGUCGUGCACCUGCAACUGGAGAAAGGCUCGUUCGGCUCGCAGAACCCACAGAUCGAUAAAGUGACAGGAGAGAGGGUUUAUGGCAAGUUUGAGCUUGUAGAAGAGGACGCAGAGGAAGAUGACGGAAUCCGUGAUAUCUCCUAUUCCAGCAUGAUUAAGCCGAAACUCCUCAAGCCUUCAUCGAAAGCUUCAUUGGUUCAAGUGCAAGACAGCAGCAAUAUGGUGGGCCUACGCGGAGGCGAAGCAGCAAUCCCAUCCCUGGAUGACGAUGAAGUUGUCGUUCCCGAGUCUGCAGAACAAGAACAAGAGAUCGAGACGCAGAUACGCCUUGAGAUGCAAGCAAGUAUUGAGACUGGUGCGAACGAACAGCCGGUCAUGGCAGCGGAGACAAUCGAUACGCCUCGCAAACGAGAGAUCAAUGGCAUCAUCAAAGAGGCCGGGUUCGAGUCGGCCUUGGACGAGCAGUUGCUGCAGCGGAUCAUGAAUCCAGCCGCCGACGAUUCCGAAAAUGCACAGGGACAAGACGACACACAGGGACAAGCACAAGGAAAGUAUGCCCACAGAUUCCGGACGAGAUCGCCUCGUGUCAUCAUCACCUCGUCGGACCAGCAGCCGUCAUCAGCGGUGGACGACGAGCUCAAUUUUGAAGAUGACCCUACCGAUGCCGGAGUUUCCUCCAUACCAGCGACAUCAUCUCCGUAUACGCCCACACAGACGACUGUGGAGUAUCCUCACAUAUCACAGAUGGACAUUGGCUCCUCGGCUCCUGCUCGCACCACUAAUAGCAGCUCUCACCAAGAUGCACAAAAGCUGUCGCCCGCUGUGGAAGUCGAUCUCUCUUUUACAGACGCAGGGCGAGAGAAAGCAAGGGAAGAACAAGUUGCAGACAGGGCUGGCGAUCUGGAUGUCGACGAGGACGUAAGUAAAGUCACCCGGCGGAAGUACUCGUCCCUUCCGCUGGAGUCAGAGCACCCCAUUUCUGCGCAGACAGAUUCCUCUGGGUCCUCGGUGCCACAGGACUCUUUUUUAGCCGGACUUGGCUACGAUGGCAACGACUCUUCCUACCAUGAUAGCAGCCUCAACGAGGACAGUGAUCUGCCUUCACUGAGCGACUUCAGGUCGAGCCGAAGGAGCAGCCGACGAACCAGUACACGAUCGACCAAGAAGAAGUCUGUAUCGCCACCGCCAUCUCGAGCAGCAAGAAAGUCGCUUCGCAGCAGUAAUGCAUCGAGGAGAAAGAUACGGGAUCCAACUCCCCCAAGCAGCCUCGAAUUGCCGCCUUCCAGCCAACCUGAGUUUAAACAGUCGCAAAGUCAGAGAGAACCGAGACUUUCGCAGAUUCCUACGAACAGCCAGGUUGUCGUCGACCUUACGUUUUCGAGCGACCCGCUGAGCCCUAUUGAGAGCUCGGUCAAGGACCAGGAUGACGGUGAGAGCGAUUUCACCUUGAGACGGAGGAAGAACAGAAAGUCCGAUGAUAGUGGCGCGAGUCGAAAGACGGGUCUGAGGGGAGCAAAGCAGGUAUCGCAGGACAGCGGGAUUGGGAAGAGGACGCUUCUCACCAGAAAGAGGGACUCUGAUCCGAAAUAUUAUUGA